AUGGCAACAAACAUCCACUUCCACGCGAGCCCGCUGACGCCGGCCAUCCGCGCGGGCCUGCUCAAACAGAGCGGCCUCACCAUCUGGCUGACGGGCCUCUCGGCGUCGGGCAAGUCGACGAUCGCGGUGGCGCUGGAACAAGCCCUGAUCCGCAAGCCGUACACCAAGAACGCGUACCGGCUGGACGGCGACAACAUCCGCUUCGGCCUGAACAAGGACCUGGGCUUCUCACCCAAGGACCGCGAGGAGAACAUCCGCCGCAUCGCCGAGGUGGCCAAGCUGUUUGCCGACUCGUGCACCAUCGCCAUCACGAGCUUCAUCUCCCCCUACCGCGCCGACCGGGACAUGGCGCGCGCCCUGCACGAGGCGCCCCGCCCCGGCGGCGAACCGGGCGUCCCCUUUGUCGAGGUCUGGAUCGACGUCCCCGUCGAGGUGGCCGAGCAGCGGGACCCCAAGGGCCUGUACAAGAAGGCGAGGGAGGGCAAAAUCCCAGAGUUCACCGGCAUUAGUGCCCCGUAUGAGGAGCCGCACAAGCCCGAGGUGCAUAUCAAGAGCGCCGAGACCAGCGUCGAGGAGAGCGUCAAGAUCAUCAUCAAGUACCUCGAGGAUAAGGGGUAUUUGAGCACGCCUCCCGCCGUGGAUGACGAGGAGUGA